AUGAUGGGUCAAAGUUCGGCAGCGGGGCAGAUGCGGUCAGUGGAACAUUUGUAACAUUGUAACUCCCGGCUAGGACUGAUCCAUGUAGUUAUAUUGUAUAAUGCUGUCUUUACGAUCUUGAUUAUUUUCAUUUUUAGGGAACGUGUAGCUCAGUUGGUAGAGCAUGGCGCUUGCAACGCCAGGGUUGUGGGUUCGAUUCCCACGGGGGGCCAGUAUGAAGAAAAAAUAAAUAAAUGUAUGCACUCUAACUGUAAGUCGCUCUGGAUAAGAGCGUCUGCUAAAUGACAAAAAUGUAAACGUGACUUCCCUGUAGAAUUGUGUUGUCGGUGUUGUUGUCUUGGCAACAAGGGAACGUUUUGACAAACGUGAAGGUGAGACAUCUAGCUGUUUGCUACUUUUGUAGCUAUCAAAUUAGACUUUAUAGCUAGGUGUAUUCAAAGCUAUAUGUAUACCCAAUGAAAAGUUGAUUUUGAUAGAGAGCUAAGCCAACAAAUGCGAACAGCACAGUCAGCCAGCGUUGAGUGUAGUCUGAUCAGUGAUCAUUACUGAUGCUGAUGCGGUUAGCUAGCUAACUAACUUGCAGCGCUUCGGUGCCCCAGGGCUCUCUGGUAAGGGGUUUGUUAACGGGCGUGGGCGGCGAUAUGGUGGGCUCAUUCUAGGCUACUGGUGAGAUGUGGUGGGCAGCAAAGCAGCGAUAUGGAACAUGAUGAUGAUGCGCAUUCAAUCAAAUGUCACUGUUUCUGCAAAGAAUGGUCCCUAUAGAUGACAAGUGUGUGUGUGUGUGUGUGUGUAGGCUACUAGAAUGCCCCCUAAGAAGAAAGGAGAGUCUGCCCUUAAGCAGAAUACUGCUGGACAAGGAGUAGAGGACUCAGAACACCCGGGGUCUGACAGAGAGGCUCUGCUACAGAGAGAGUGAGAUAUGUCUGUCUGCCUGCCUGUCUAUCUGUCUGUGACUCUCUCUCCCUCUCUGCCUGCCUCUCUGCCUGCUUGUCUGUCAUCAUGUGACUCUGUACUUCACUUCCUGUAACCUACAGGUAUGACAAGCUAACCGACACCUUGAACAACCUCAAGAGGAAAGUGGAAAAGUUGUAUCCUUUAAAUCACAAAGUUCAACACAGUGACAGAGUGAAACCAGAAAUCGGCCCGGGCAUUUCUAACACAUCUGCCAAUUCAAUUUAGACAGACCCACUGGCCUAAAGAUGAACCAGAACAUGUGGCAUUUGCUUGAACUGGCAUUAGCCUUUAUGGCCAAUCUGUUUCUGCCUCACUAGAGCAGGCACUGAUAAAGCCACAUUAUGAACACUAUUCCUGGAAGUUGGGGAGUGGUUUUUGGACACUGCGGAUCCACAUUCCAUCUGCACAAGACCACCUGUUCAGAAAGUCUGGCAGAUGGCGUCCCAGUCCAAGACGAUUCCCAAAGCUUUCACUUUGCACACUGCAGGUAGACAGCCAGGAUUUAGUUGUCACAGUCACACACAAGACCGCUAAAUUGUAAACUGUUGUGGAUUGAUCUGCAUCCAUUUUUGUUAAAGUGAAGGGCCCUUUAAAAUUGUUACCCUCCGUUCCAGGAUUGGGGUCAAUUCGAAUUGAAAGCAUUUAAAUCAGGAAGUAGUCUGAAUUUUAAAAAUGUAGAAACGUUUGAAAUAAAUAGCUUCUACAUUACAGUUAUCAUUGAAAAUAAAUAUAAAAAUGCCCUUUUUUAAUGUUUGAAUUGGAAUUUCAUUUUACUUUUUUUUACUGCCUUCAAUUAGAAUUGACCCACCCCGCCUCUGUUCAUGUGAUAGCUAUAGCUUCUCUACAAUACUUUCUUAACUUCCCUUAACUCCGCUGCUGUACCAGACGGCGUGAGAAUGAGUUCCUACAGAAUGAGGCCAACCAGACUCGCAUGGAGAGCGUGAGUGACAGUAAAGGCAGACACUCUCUCUUUCUCCCCAUCUCUCUUCCCCAUCUCCCUCCCAAUAAAAUAAAAAAUAAAAAUAUUUGUCACAUGUGCCGAAUACAACAGGUGUAGACCUUACCGUGAAAUGCUUACUUACAAGCCCUUAACCAACAAUUCAGUUAAAGAAAUAGAGUUAAGAAAAUAUUUAUUAAAUAAACUAAAGUAAAAAAUAAAAUAAAAAGUAACACAAUAAAAUAACAAUAAAGUGGCUAUAUACAGGGGGUACCGGUACAGAGUCAAUGUGCGGGGGUACAUGUUAGUCGAGAUAAUUUGUACAUGUAGGUAGGGGUAAAGUGACUAUGCAUAUAAUUCCUCAUCCCUCUCCUCCUGGCCCCAUCUCUCGCCCUCUCAGCAAGAGUACAUGUCGUACAUGUCCAAGCGGACACAGAAGCGUCAGAGUGCCAUCGUCACCCUUAGCGACCAGAACCACCAGGAACUGGAGGCCCUGAAGAGGCAGAGGGAGGAGACUCUGAACAAAUACCAGGAACAGGCCAAUGGUGAGUCAGCUGGAAGCGCCACGGGCCAAUGGGGAGAGAGCAGGAAGAGCCAGGAACCAAUGGGGAGAGAGCAGGAAGAGCCACUGGCCAAUGGGGAGCGAGCAGGAAGAGCCACUGGCCAAUGGGGAGUGAGCAGGAAGAGCAAGGGGCCAAUGGGGAGAGAGCAGGAAGCUAACUCUAACCUAACCUAUCCUAACAGAGCUGAAGAAGGAGAUUCUGGAGAAGGAGAAUGAACUGGCGCUGUUAAAUAUUGAGAUUGCUGAGCUCCGAGAAUUCAAAGUAUGACACUUCCUCGCCCUCUCCUCCCACACCCCCCUCUCGCCUCCUCUCGUCCUCUCCUCUACCUUCUCAUCUCCUCUCCUCCCUCUUCUCUUCCCCCUCCUUUCCUCUCCUCUGCUCACACACCACCGAGUGUACAGAAUAUAUGAUCUACUAAUAUUGCACAUCUUAUUAUAAUCUUAUAUCAGAUUAGUGGUACCUUUGCAUGCUGUAUGCAUAUGUGAGUGUGUGUGUAUACUGUAUAUACAUGGCUGUUUGUGUGUGCUUUAAUAUUGUGUGCGUGUGUGUGUAACAGAGCCUGCAGCAGCAGCAGCUGGGGCGUAUAGCAGAGCUAGAGAGGGAGGUGACCAGUAUGCACUGCCGUCACUCUGAAUCCCUGCAGGCCCUGAAGGCUGGCUUCCUCAGUGAGAAGGAGAGGUAAAUGAAAAAAAAGUGUGUGUGCAUGACUGUAAAUUCCUUUGUUUAAAUGUAUUAUUAUUAUUAUUAUUAUUAUUAUUGUUAUUGUUAUUAUUAUUAUAGGUACGAAGCACAAGCCAAACAAAAAAUACAGGCCCUAGCCCUCGCAGCUAAUAGGGUGAGUAACACACACAUACAUAGACAUGCACGCAUGCGUACGCACGUCCACAAGAACACGUGUACACACACACAGGUCAAACAUACCUCCACACCCACCUCUCCCCACCCCCUCUCCUCCCUCUAGGAGGCGUCUCGCUGCCUAUUGUCCCACACUAGAGCGGUGUCCCUGGAGAACCAGCGCCUGAGGGAAGAGCUGCAGCAGCUGAUCCAGGUAUAGCCAGAAGAUGGAUGGAUUGAUUGAUUGAUUGAUUGAUUGAUUAAUUGAUGGAUUGAUUCAUUGGUUGGUUGGUUGGUUGAUUGAUUGAUUGAUUGAUCCAGAGAGCCCACUCCCUGAGGGGCCUCCAGGAUCAGCUCCAGGACCAGAGGCAGCAGCUCCUACUGGAGAGGGAGUAUGUCAGGGAGCUGAGGCGCCUCCGAGGCACCCCGGGGCCGACCCCACCAGGGUCCCACACUCGGCCACUGGGGGGGGGCGGAGGGAGAGAAGACACAAGACACCACCGCACAGCAGAUACCUGAGAAAGAGAGAGACACACACACAUCUGCAGAAGCCACUCUUUACUUUUUCCACAUUUUGU